CAAAUCAUGUUUGGUGUUUGUUUUAGAACAAAAAUAAAUAGAAUUCAUUCCUCAAAAAGAAUAAAAGUUGUGUUAAUGUGUCUAAUCCCAGUUUUGUGUGUUCCUAUAUUUGAUAUAUUCAAUCAAAUUGGAAAUGAUGAAAUGCAAAUUACAAAAAAUCUAAUCAUGAAAAGAGAACCUAGCAAAAUUGAUGAGCAUCAAUUCAUGAAUACAACUUACCAGAAGCUGCAAACUUCAACUGGAAUAUUUCUUCUUUACAAUUCUUAUUUAGAUGUCAGACAAGAUCCCAUUGUAAGAAUAAUUGGAUAUCUUAAUCAGCAUCCACCUAGGAUUCAGUCUUACUGCCAAUUAACAUACAAUGCACUUGGGGAAACAGUUUUAAUACAGGCUCGCUACUUACGGAUUGAUGAGUAUUUCUUUGGAAGACUAUAUAACACUCCUAAAGCAAGAACUAUUUACCAACCCUAUCUAAUUUCAUGUACUCUACUUAAGAACGAGACAAGGCAGCCAAUUUCAGUUUCACUGGUCGAGGAAAAAACAGAUGAACCAUCCAAUAAACUCAAGAUAAUUUACAACAAGCCUGAUGGAUCAAAAGAUACAUUUGGUGUUUGCUUUAAAGCAAUGACAUUGAAGGAUGACAUAUCUUUUAGAUUAGUUGAAUGGCUUGAACUGCUGCAGAUUCUAGGAGCAUCUAAGGUUUUUAUGUACGAAACAGAGUUGCAUCCUAACACUUUCAAAACUUUGAAGUUCUAUGAAAAAUCUGGAUUUGUGAAGCUUACUCAUUUUUCUCCACCAGUGUAUAUGCCUAAUGAGACUGAUCAUCUUGGUUUAAAGGAUAAUGUGCUACAUAGUGAACUGGUGCCACAUAAUGACUGCUUAUAUACUAAUAUGUACAGGUAUAAAUAUUUUGCUGUUAUGGAUAUUGAUGAAGUUGUUGUACCAACACAAAACAGAACUUGGUUGGAUAUUCUAGAUGAGCUUCAAAAAAGAAAUGUUUCAAUAGAAAAUAUAGAAAACCUCUCAUUCCAAAAUGGUUAUUUUCUACAACAGUACAAAGAAGCCAACAAUGAAGGACCUUAUCCUGACAUUCCAUCUUAUAAUCACAUGUUGCAACAUGUUUACAGAGCUCGAGAUCAUCUAGGACCCAAUCAGAACCCUAAAUCAUUUCAGAACUCCCUACAUACACUUGUUUCAGCUAACCAUUAUUCUAUAAAAUGCCUGAAGCAUUUUAAAUGUCAACGGUAUUCAGUUGGUCUUGAAAUUGGACAAUUGAACCACUACAGAUCUUCGUGUCCUUGGAAGUUUCCUGGGUUCUGUAAGAAGAACGUUCCAACAGUGAAGGAUGUUACACUUUGGAGAUGGAAGACAGAACUAAUGGAGAAAGUGAACAACACCCUUCUUGGUCUUGGACUCUUAAAUAAUGUUUUUUAACUUAUUUGGAUCUAUCUUUGACCAACUGUAAAUUGUUUUUAAAAUGUACAGAUUUUUCCAAAUGUCUAUAUUAUUCUAAUAUAGUCUGUAUGUAAAGAGUGUAUGUUAAGUUUCAGUUUAUAUUUUAGACCAGAAAAGAUAAUUUUAUCUAAAAAA